AUGCCAGUUCUCUACACCCGGUGUAUUGGCCGCUCUUUGCCAAACCUAAACCCGCUCCGGCUCAGCCCAGCCAUCAGUCAUGGCCUUGGCCGCCCACUCUCCAAUACAACACCAUGGCGUAGCCCGGGCGGUUCACUCCGAGCUUCUAGCUCCAAGCAUCGUCGUCAGUCCGAGACACCACUCGAUCUCCCCGCACUCGAUGCAAAAUGGCGGACAAGGUGGGCUUCGUCCCGCCGUGAGCACAAGCCGGCCCCGCUCAAAUACAUCCUGCCCAUGUUCCCAUACCCGUCCGGCUACCUCCACCUGGGCCAUCUCCGCGUGUACACCAUCGCGGACACCAUCGCGAGAUACCACGCUCUGACGGGCAAGAAUGUGAUACUACCGAUGGGGUGGGACGCCUUCGGGCUGCCGGCCGAGAAUGCGGCGAUCGAGCGCGGGAUCGACCCGGCGAGCUGGACGAAGUCCAACAUCGCCGCGAUGAAGGAGCAGCUGGGGCUGAUGAACGGCUCGUGGGACUGGUCACGCGAGCUGUCGACAUGCGACCCGAGCUUCUACAAGCACACCCAGCAGAUCUUUCUCCGGCUGCACGAAAAGGGGCUCGCGUACCAGGCCGAGGCCGAGGUCAACUACGACCCUGUCGAUGAGACGGUCCUCGCGAACGAGCAGGUCAGCGCCAACGGGACUUCCUGGCGGUCGGGUGCGCAGGUCGAGAAGCGGAAGCUGAAGCAGUGGUUUCUCCGCAUCACGGCGAUGCGGGAGUCGCUGCUGCAGGACUUGGAGACGCUGGCCAAGGACGACGCCUGGCCGAAGAGGGUCCUGUCCAUGCAGCAGAACUGGCUGGGCAAGUCGGUCGGCGCCACGAUCAAGUUCCCGGUGGUCGCGUUCGACCAAGAGGUGGAGUCCGCCCACUCCGCCAUCGAGGUCUGGACCAGCCGCCCGGAUACCCUGUUUGGGGUCCAGUACCUGGCCCUCGCCGCGUCACAUCCGGUCGUGGAGAAGCUGGCCGCGCAGGACCCGGAGCUCCAGGCGUUCCUGUGUACGUUGCCGGGCUUGCCGCCUGACUCCAAGGUCGGCUACAUGCUCCCUCACAUCCGCGCUGUCAACCCGCUGGCCUACCAGGACAAUACGCCCCAUGCCACCAAGGAAUCGAUUCCCGUCUAUGUCGCCCCGUAUGUGAUUGGCGACUACGGAGAGGGUGCCGUGAUGGGCGUGCCGGGCCACGACACGCGCGACCACGCAUUCUGGAAGACGCACCACAAGGACGAGCCGAUCCGAUUCGUGCUGGCCGCGUCCGAGGACGAAUCCACCACGGCCUUUGAAAACAAACCUUUCCUCGACCACGGCAUUAUGACGGAGCAUAGCGGCCUGUUUGAGGGCAACACGUCGGAAGAAACCGGCGAGACGCUGAUCAAGAUACUCGAGGAAUCGAAACUGGCCGCGCGCGGUGAGAAAUGGCGGCUCCGAGACUGGCUGGUUAGCCGGCAGCGCUACUGGGGCACCCCCAUCCCGAUCAUCCACUGCGGCUCCUGCGGCGCAGUGCCCGUGCCAGAUGACCAGUUGCCGGUGGUGCUACCCGAUGCGCAGGAGCACUGGGUCGGGAAGAAGACGGGCAACCCGCUCGCGACGGCCGAGGACUGGGUCAACACCACCUGUCCCAAAUGCCACGGGCCGGCCAAGCGGGAAACGGACACUAUGGACACGUUUGUGGACUCCAGCUGGUACUACAUGCGCUUCAUCGACCCGCACAACCAGAACGCGCCGUUUUCCCAGAACAAGGCCCGGUCCAUGCUACCGGUGGACAUCUACAUUGGAGGGGUCGAGCACGCGAUUCUGCACCUCCUCUACGCGCGGUUUAUUUACAAAGCUCUGGUGAAAAAAACAAUAGGACCCUUGCGGCAGGGGGGCGCCCGGGAGACGCUUCACGAGCCCUUCCGGCAGCUCAUCACCCAGGGCAUGGUCCACGGCAAGACGUACACCGACCGGUCCACCGGCCGGUUCCUCAAGCCGGACGAGGUCGACCUCACCGAUCCCGCCAAACCCAAGGUAGCCGCCACGGGCGAACGAGCAGCGGUCACCUUUGAAAAGAUGUCCAAGUCCAAGCACAACGGCGUCAACCCGACAGACGUAAUCGCCCAGCACGGCGCCGACGCAACGCGGGCGCACAUUCUCUUCCAGGCGCCCGUCAGCGAGGUACUCGAGUGGGACAGCGAAAAGAUUGUCGGCGUGACCCGCUGGCUCGGCCGCGUGCACGAUCUCGUCUCCAAGCUGGACCCAGCCAUCCGAAUGCCGGAUACUCCCGACGCGAGAGAAUACCUAGAGAGAAUGGCGGAAAGGCUUACAGGUACUGGAAGGCUUACCAAGGCCGAAAACGUAGUUGAAAUGAGGGAGACACUAGACAUCGACAUAAGGCUCUGGCGCAAAGUGCAGAUGACCAUCAUGUCGGUCACAGAGUCAUACCAAAAGGUCUACGGCCUCAACACCGUCGUCUCCGACCUCAUGACCCUAACCAACACCAUCCAAAACAACACCGGCGUGACAAGCGAGCUCAUCCUCCGGGCCUCACUAUCCGCCCUCAUACGCAUGCUCGCGCCCAUCACCCCGGCGUUUGCCGAGGAAUGCUGGAGUCUCUUGGGUAUGUCCCACACCGGACUGAAUCAGUUGUUUGGCGGUCGCGUGGAGUUUCCAGAAGUGGACGGGACGCUGAACCUGAAGGUGCUGAAGUCGCGGCGACAGAUGUGUAAGGUCAGCGUGAAUGGGAAGAAGUUUGCCAAGAUUGAUAUUGCGACGCCCGAGGAGCGGUUGGGUGGGAAGCUGAUGGAGCAGUGGCUUGUUCGUGAGGUCUUUAAGGCGGAGGAGGUGAAGAAAAAGGUGGAGCAGACGGGGGUGAAUUUGACGCGGGCUAAAAGGGUGAUUGUGGUUAAGCGGGGGGAGAGUGUGAAUUUCGUGCUGGGGUAG